AUGAUAAUAAUGUAUGUAAUCACGAUAAUGACAUACAUGUUUUACUUUGUCAUCUACAGUCAUUCAUAUAAACCUUGUCUUUUCCAACCCAGGAUGUCUGGCAACCUGUCCCUCCUGAGGCCUCCMUUAGUGGGUGCCACCGGGUCAAUGCAACCCGCCCUCUCAAACAUGUCCCAGUUUCCCCCUCUGGUUGACUGGGAGACACCCACCUUCACCCGCGCUGCCCAAUUCCGUGUCGGCGCCACCUUAAUCCUCUUCCUAUUUGCUGCCUGCAGCAACCUUGCRUUAUUGGUCAGUGUGUGCCGGGGGCGUGGCCGGCGCCUGGCUUCUCACUUGCGACCACUCAUCAUGAGCCUGGCCGCCGCCGACCUGAUGAUGACCUUUGUGGUGAUGCCACUGGACGCCAUUUGGAACAUCACGGUGCAGUGGUAUGGCGGAGACGCCAUGUGUAAGAUGCUGUGCUUCCUCAAGCUGUUUGCCAUGCACUCAUCAGCCUUCAUCCUGGUGGUGGUCAGUCUGGACAGGCACCACGCCAUCCUGCACCCGCUGGACUCACUCAACUCCCACCACAGGAACAAGAGGAUGCUGGGUCUGGCCUGGGGCCUCAGUGUGCUUCUGGCCUUACCACAGCUGUUCAUCUUCCGGGCCAUCAAGGCMGAGGGCGUAGACUUCACCCAGUGUGUGACCCAUGGCAGYUUCAAAGAGCGAUGGCAGGAGACRGUCUACAACAUGUUCUACUUCGUCACUCUCUACGUGUUCCCCCUGCUGGUCAUGAGCUUCUGCUACACACGCAUCCUCAUUGAGAUCAAUCAGCAACUCCACAGGAACAAAGCUGGYGAGUCCUGCCUGAGACGCAGUGGCACAGACAUGAUCCCCAAAGCACGAAUGAAGACUCUAAAGAUGACCAUCAUCAUUGUGAUGUCCUUUGUGGUCUGCUGGACGCCCUACUACCUCCUGGGUAUCUGGUACUGGUUCCAGCCGGAGAUGCUGCAGGUCACGCCUGAAUACAUCCACCACGCCCUGUUUGUCUUCGGCAACCUGAACACAUGUUUUGACCCGGUCAUCUAUGGCUUCUACAYGCCCUCGUUCCGGGCCGACCUGGCCAUGUGCUGGUGCUAUAGAAGAAGGGACAUUAAUAUGUCGCCCAGGUCUCUGGACCGCCUGUCCGCCCACCAGGGCCCCCACAGCGGAGAGCAGGACUCUGACGCCCCCGGUGUGGAACAGACCAAAGAGACUGGAGGUGACGGUAGAUGACUGGCGCUGACAGUAAGUACAUCUGUAAGGUUGGAGGGCUGAGGGAGAGCAGACCUGGAAAUGAGCGCUACUAAGGAGUAUGUAGACCGACCUACUUAUUCUGUGAGGUGAAGACAGUGACAUGCUAAACAGCACCACCAAAAUUUCUCCCCUCUGAUUGUACGCCCAUCUUUGACAUUUUGAGGACAUUGUUGGAGCAUGGGAAGAGGCACUUGAGUUAGGGGUCAAGCCCAACCUGAGAUGAAAGGGGAUAUAUGGAUAAAGAGACAAAACUAUCUCGGAUGUCAAGGGUUGAAGGGUUAAAAUCCUUCAGGAUUACUUUACCCAGAAAAUACAUGUUUUCUGGGCCUAAUCUUCAGCGUUAAGCACCAUGGCUAAGGCAGUUCAGAGGUAGACUUAGGAGCCACCCUGAUCUUGUGAGCUUACAUGAAUGGUUCGUUGUUUCCAAGGGGUCCAGAGGGAGGCAGAACAGAACCAACUGGGCUGCAACACGUUUCUGCCAACGUUGGAUAUCCAGAUAUACAGCAACAGUUAAGCACAUGCCAUUCUAUUUCAAUUACUAUCAAAUGGAAAGGCAAACUCAUUUUAAGUGCUGUUCCACAACUUUCUACAAACCAUUUAAACCCUUGGCUGUUCCCUGAUAUAUAUAUACACCAUGCUGCUUACAGUAUGUCACACUGCUCGCUGUCUGCCUACAGGUUGCUUUUCCAUGCAACACUGUGUCCUUACAAUGCCAGGCUGCAUGAGAUCAUCUCCAUAGCCACACAUCACUAUACAGAACUGUCAAAUUACAAACAAAUGUACAAAUGCAUUUGAUGGUACAAUAAAAUGGUUGGCCGUUUCACUCGGAAGACAAACAGUCCAGAGAACUGUCACAUUCAGUGCAUGUCAUGGAGAACAACAUAAUCUGUACUGUAUUUACUAUUCAUGCAUUCACUUCAGCCAUUCAGGCUUGAAAACCAAAGCACAACUACAGUAUAUUAUAACACAUUGAGUGUACAAAACAUUAGGAACACCUUCCUAAUAUUGAGUUGUACACCGUUUUGUCCUCAGAACAGCCUCAGUUUGUCGGGGCAUGAACUCCACAAGGUUUCAAAAAUGUUCCACAGGGAUGCUGGCCAAUGUUGACUCCAAUGCUUCCCACAGUUGUGUU